CUAGCAUGAAUAUUGUUCCAGCAGUUUCGAAUCCUGCAAUCUGCGAAUCUUCGAACGGUCACGACCCCCGUUCCGCUCUGCCCGCUCGUUCUCCAUUGUUCUUACGAUUGUCCGAUAAUCUCCGGUCUUUAUUGAUAGUUGAUGAUUAUCUAAUGGUCGACGGUCGUUGUUGAUCAGCCAGAAACGCGGCCCGCGCGCUGCUUGAUCCCACACCAAUGGCGCUCGUCGCUCCGUCCACCGCGCCCGCUUGUUGCCUUACGCCUUGUCUCGAGGCUGCUCAGACCGCGUGGUCGAGCCGCCCGCUUUCAGUCUCCAUCCGCUUUCGCUGUCUCUCUGCCUCGGCCCCUCUCUUAGCAUCGGCCAUUCCCUCUGCCUCGGCCCCUCUGCCUCGGCCCCUAUCAAAGGGUGCAUCUUUGCAUUUUCGCUGUCCCUCUCCCUCUGCCCCUCCCUCUGCAUCUGCCCCUCCCUCUGCCCCUCCCUCUGCCCCUCCCUCUGCAUCUGCCCCUCCCUCUGCCCCUCCCUCUGCAUCUGCCCCUCCCUCUGCCCCUCCCUCUGCAUCUGCCCCUCCCUCUGCAUCUGCCCCUCCCUCUGCAUCUGCCCCUCCCUCUGCCUCUGCCCCUCCCUCUGCCUCGGCCCCUCCCUCUGCCUCUGCCCCUCCCUCUGCCUCGGCCCCUCAUUCUUUUCGCCGAGCUCGUCUCUCUUUGUACUCGCAACCCUCUCAAAUAGGUUUUCAGCUGCAUUGCAACCCACUACACCGCACUGAGCCACAGCAGACUCAACCGCAGUGCACAGAACAGUACCGCAUUCAGCCGCUCAACACUCUACAGUCUCAACCCAGCGGCUCUGAACCUGCAUCGUCUUCAUCCGUGGAGUCAUCUGCACCGAAUCCAACCGCACUGCACCCUACCCCAUCCCAUACAGCCGAACUGGGACGACCCUCCACGCACGAUUUUCUUCUUCCCCACCCUCUGGACCCUCCUCGUCCCCCUCCGUCUCUCCCUGAAUUGCUAGCCGCUUGGCGAGACAAGAGAGCGAGACAACAUUAUGCACAACCCACAGCACCGCACCCAACCGCACUGAGGUCAGCUGCCCCGCAAUCCUCGCCAGUAACAGAUUCAUCCACGUCAGCAGCAGCCCAAUCAGACGUCAAUGGUUGUAAUACAUCACAUCAUACAGCCCCUACGACCCAGACGGACGUAAAAAUUUCGAGCACUAACGCAGUCCCCCAUACCGCCCCUUCCGUUCUUGCUGACCUGCGGGGUGAGAUGAGGUCUGUUGCUCGGAUGUAUGGCAACCAAAAGGGUUUCAGCAACGGGGUUGACUCAGGAGAGAGCGAGGGUGACUAUAACGAGGUUCUUCCUGUACCAGCAACGGCACAAGAGGCCGAGGAUCUUCUGCAGCAGCUAAUACAGGAGACCCGCUCGCUCGCCUCUCCGUCGGGUGUCAACCUGGUGGCGUUUUCAGGCGGAGUUGACUCCUCGCUGGCAGCCCUGCUUCUGCAUAGAGCACUUUCAGAAGUGCCUUCACCGUCUCACUCACAAUCUAACUCUCAUUCACACUCUCACUCACACCUGCACUCACACUCUCACUCUCACUCACACUCACCCUCACACUCUCACUCACCCUCACACUCUCACUCACCCUCACACUCACACACACACAUACACUCUCACUCUCACUUACUCUCACACUCUCCACCCACAGUCGCAGCAGUGAUCGCCCUAAGCCCCUCCCUCUCCUCCUCUCAGCUUAUCACAGCUCGCCAUGUGGCAGCAGCCAUAGGCAUUCCCUUAUGGGAGGUGGAAACAACAGAGGAUCAGGUGCCGGAAUACAUAGCCAAUGAGGGAGCGAGCUGCUAUGCCUGCAAGGCCACUCUCUACACCACACUGCAUACUGUAGCGCAACAGUCCCUGAUGAGGAUGGGAAUGGAUAACAGCAAAAGCAGAGAAGUCACUCUCUUCAAUGGCACCAAUGCGGACGACCUCUCAGACCCCUCUCGCUUGGGCCUCCUGGCUGCUCUGCAUUGCAACGUGGUGUCUCCUCUUGCCCGACUGCCCAAGGCUGCAGUGCGGGCAGUAGCCAGAGUAGCGGGCUUGCCCAACUGGGACCUAGCAGCAUCCCCCUGCCUGCGUAGCAGACUGGCGUUUGGAGUGGAGGCGACAGCAGACACGCUCAUUCUGGUGGAGAGGGCAGAAGAGAUGGUCCGCUCGUUUCUUCCCCUCACCUCAAGAGACAACAUGAGAGUACGCCUGCUACAUCCCACACCCCUUCCCUCUUGCCUUCCCACCACCUCAACCAUCACCCCCGCAACUGCUGCCUCCGACCGCCAAUCUCCCUUGGAUCAACCGCCAAUCGCACGUACUGUCUCGGCAGCAGCCAACCAGCCACCGAUCAAGAGAUCUUCAACUGCUGUCCGGCACCCACCAACCAGCAACUCCUCACUACCGUCCCAGCACCAGUCAACCGGCAACUCCUCACUACCGUCCCAGCCCCCCACACUGGGAGCAAGCUCAGCCCCCGUCGGUGCUCUCACUGCCCUUCUGGAGGUGGACCAGCACUGCUUGCAGCGGGCCGAGGCACAGCAUGCGGGGAUUGCAGCGGGAAUGGCGGCCAUAGGGCUCCACUACUGGGGCUGCAGGGCGUUCAAAAGUGGCAGCCUGGUGCCUCUGUAGGUCCUCUAUAUUGCAACUUGCAUUGCCUGCACUGCAGCGGGCUGAGGCACAGCAUGCGGGCAUUGCAGCGGGUGUGGCGGCAACAGGGCCCCAAUACUUGGCCUGCAGGGCGUUCAAGAGUGGCAGCUCGCUGCCUCUGUAGAGCUUGCAUCGAUGGUGUUGGUCGUAACGGGCGCUACAAGCCUAUGAGUCUGGGAGCUACGUAGCGGGUUAGUGCGCCCACAACCCCCCAGGCAGAGAGGCUUGUAGCCCUUCCCCGAGGAUCUCAAGGGCAACCCCAGCGGGUCUCUCGACACUACAUUCCUAUGACUAAAGGCGCUAGUACAUUUUGUGGAGGAAAGAUGGACCACAUGUCCACGAACUCUUGAGGUCACGUUUGAGGCACCUGAAAACAGGUAUGUAGUUCUAAGUUUAGACAUGACUUACGUAGAGAUUUUGCACUACAAGCUAUUUCGGAAGUUGUGUACAAAUGACAUGCGUAAAGUGUCAGAACUCAGUCACUAACCACUGAGUUAAAUGGCUUGUAAAAUAGCGAGUCAAUGCGCCCAUAACCCCCUCGGCAUAGAGGCCUGUGGCCCUUCCCCGAGGAUCUUCUCAAGAGCAACCCGAACGGGUCUCUCGACACCCCCCCUCGCUGGGAUAGGCGGAGGACACGAGCGCCUCUGCAGCGCUGGCACUGGGAAUUGAACCCGAGUCACCCACGUCGGGGGCUGUCUCGCUCAUGUUCGCGCCUCUGGCACGGAAAAUCUCGCUGCCCGUACCGUCCCUUGUGUCUUCCUUGGCUUCCCCCUUGACACGUCUGACUGACACUU